UAUAGGUUGAGUGAUUUUGUUUAUUAAACGCUGAAGAAUUACUGGUAAUUUUUUCCAUCGUCGCUCUCGAGUACAAUUUGGGACGCGAAUUCUGCAGUCGGUUUCCGGUUCUGUCUUCGGUGGAUGAUUCAGGCACAAUGUGCCUUUGCAGCGGAAUCAAGCUCUCCACCACUUACGUUGUUGUACAGCGACUCCUGAUGCCUUACGCAGCUGCUCCGCGAUAUGCUGCUUCCUGGACAAGACGCUAUCACACCGUUCCUAGCCCGAAAUCAUCUCGAUCCAUACCGCAGUACAUUCGGAUAUCUCCAUGGGGACCUCGUCCCGGCGAAAUGUCGGCAGUCGAGGUGGAUAACAGCGAUGAGGUGUAUGGCAUAAAAUUACCACGUGCUAAGAAAGGCAGUAUGGAUCCCGAUGGAUUUAGGCACGUUGGGGAGGUACUGCGCAAGUAUAAUAUGAACGCCAAAGAAAUCCAGGGUAAUCCUGUAUUAUUCUCCAUGCCUGCCAGAGAAAUUGAGCUAAGGUUGGAAAGUUUUAAAGAGUGCGGAUGGGAAACAUUCUCAGCGGAUAUGAUUGUUUUUGCGAACAGCCUUUUUACCAAACGUACGGCGCGCGAUCUUAUUGGAUCGGAAAGUGAGAGUGUAACGCGCAGUGUUCUGCGGUGUUUACUGGAUGAACUGCAAGUAGACGAAUCUCGACAACAGCAGCUGCUCAGCAGUAUAUCUGCAUCAGCCACCGCUUCAUUGACGCUGCAUGAUUGUCGAUGUUUGGCGCUGCGCCAGUACCUUCGUUCGCUGUACACGGAGGAUGAGAUCUCACGGACUCUGGCCAUCGCCAUGAAAGCGGUCGGUGCCAUCCGCACGGUCAAGGGUAUUAAGCAGGUGUUGCGCUAUCUGCAAGAGGAUUUCAAACUGCCUAUCGAGCGCAUUUUUAAAUACGAGGUGCUCCUCACCAGAGACGAAAUACACUUAGAAGAGCAUCUACGCAAUCCCAAGUUCAUGGAGUUCGAUUUGCGGGUGAUUGCCAGCAAUUAUCCGCGCGUUAUUUGCGUCCCUGCGCAACAUCUAAGACAAUUCGAGUCCGUCCUGACCGAACACGGUUUUACUCCGUUCCAGCUGACACGUGCGUAUUUCCUCACCUCCCUAAACCCUGCAACCGUGGCGAAACGUUUGACCGCGUUGAAAGCCGAUCCGGAUUUGUGGAAGUUUAAGGAGCAUCCUAGUUUUCUGGAAUUGGUGGUGCGUUAUGUAGACGUGAUGCGGCGUUUAAGCUUUCUCCGCAUUAUGAAGGUUAAGGAUUUCGGACUGGAUUUGUUGAUAUGUCAUCGGAAGAAGUUCCAUAUCACGACCAGUCAUAACAUCACCCACGCAUCGACACCCCGUGUGAACCCUAAUUACCUGUUUCACGUAGCGGAAUACCUGGGAACAUCCUUAUGCGAAGUCCGAAAACGGAUGCGUGCGCAGAUCAAAAGCAUACCGCUUUAUGCUGGCAACGAGAGGGACGUUCUGGGCGUAUUGCAGUGUUUGACUGAUUGUGAAAUCACAAAGCAGCAGAUACUGGAGGCGUUGAGUAUUGUCUUGUACCCUGCUGAGGUCGUUAAACGACACCUGGAGGCAGUGCUUAAUGAACCGGGAAUGAAUGAACGACGGCAGCAAAAAAACUUUCUGCAUUAUGCGAUUUUUACCAUGGAAAAGGAAAGUAAUUUUGGGGGGCCGGCGGCAUGGUCUCCAGUUGGCGGUGCGAGUGUUUCAGAAGAAGGGGAUGAGUGGGAGAUUUCGCCUGCGGCAUCGGUCGCAGUAAUUACUCCAGCUGUUCGUAGUGCGAUGUCAGAACGUCUGUCUCAACAUUUCCCCGCAUCGGAAGAUGAUGAAAAAGAUGCAGUAAUCGUGGAAAAUAACAAGGACGUUGGCAAAGAGCAGGAUACAGAUAAAGAGUGGUUUCAUGAUUGAUGCUCUUUCUUUUUGAAAGCUCAUCGCACAUCCGUUAUAAAACGCUGUUCAGAUUCGAUUCUUUUUUGUUUCUGGAUUACAGUACGCCUGCCGGUCCAAGUGGUUCAAAUUUCAAAAUAUCUAAAUGUUUAUGUGAAAUGUUCGAAUGUAAACGUUCAAGAUGCUCAUUCGGGCAAUCAAAGUUUUUUAUGGUUUCAUGUACAGCGCUAACUGCUUAAGCAAACAGAAUAUAUAACUUUUGUGAUUGAUGGACCACGAAGCACAGUCACACUGCGGUAUUAAGAUAGAAAGAUAAAAAUCCUAGCGGAGAA